AUGGACAAUCUAGAAGAGGUCCUUGAAGCCUUACAUUCUUUCAGUAAAAAUACCCCAAUCACAGAGCCUCUCGAAAAGUUUCUUCAAGCGAUCGCAAAGACUGGAGAUACUUGCUUCCCUUGGUCAAUUAUCAAACCACUAAUCGUUAAAAAGCUUGAUAAUGUUAUGUGUGACCUGUACCAACAAUGCAAAUCAUCUAACAGCAUGUCGUUAGAAGCUUUCAAUGAAAUUCGAGCUCGAUUGCUUGACUAUCUGGAUUCAUUCAUAGAAGCUCCCUUUACAAUGCAACGAAUCGCAGAAUUACUUAUUGAACCGUACAGGUACUACAGUAAUAGUGAGAAGUUUCUAAGAGGCAUCGAAAAGAAUAUAUUGGUAAUAAGUACCGUUGAACCGAAUUACAACAACAAGUUACUAAUAAAUCAUAAAAUAGAAAGGGAAUCACUAGCAAAUGGUAUAAAACAAAACGACAAGACGACUGAAUAUGAUAUCGAAAUAAAUGAUCAAUCAGUAGAUAAUGGUAACAUCAUAGUGAACGACUCUGCUCAGCAUUCAGAAAGUGAUAUAAAGAAUGAAUCAAUGGACGAUUUGAAACCAUUAAACCCUGGUGAUAGCGAUUAUACAAGUCCGCCAAUACAUAAAAAUGGAGAUGACGUCAAUGUAAGUGAAAAAUGUACCGAAGACGAGGUGAAAGAUAAAAGUGACCAUAAUUCUGAGCCAGAUGACGAUGCGACUCCUCCGAUCUCGCCUUCCGUUGAUGCAGAAGAAGAACUUAACUUUGGGCAGGUUGUAAUCCCUAAAGUAGCGCAGAAUGCAUUGCAAACUCUCAUGACUACCUCCGAGAGAGAAGUAGUCAAUUCUAAUCAUACCAUUGACGAUGGUAGAUUAUUUCUUGCUAACGAAGACUCAGUUCAUUGUAAAUAG